UUGGCUGCGGCUUCGUGUAUCAACAUUCCAUUUGGAACGUCUUCGGCGACUGUCUCGCCUCUGAUUGGUCCUGUGUGGCGUCACAAUGUUGCUUGUGUCAUUUCUGUAAUUGACGUUUUAUUUCAUGAAGGACUUCGGGGGAAGUCCGUGCGGCGAGGGAUCGGGGCAACUUCCACCCUUUUAUUCAUAGCGGGAAACUCGCAGUAACCAAACUUUGAGCCGGAGGAUGGUUCCGAAUGGAUCAGCAUGAGCCGAUGGGGGCAGCGGUUUAAUUUCGUCCCCAAACCGGCGGCUGAAAGCGCCCACGUUGGGGCCUCAGGAAGGAUUGAUAGAUUCGCAGAUCAAGGCGCGUUAAUGCCGAAUGCUCACCAGGCAAAGCGAGACAUUUUUUUCCCCCGCUUGUUGAGAGAAGGUGGCCGAUGUACCAGAUUCUUCUGAUGGGCGCGUCCUGGCCGUUCGGAGUGGUUUGAUUGUGACUCUGGAAUUGGAAAACUUGCCCCUCAAACUACCGCUGGCUCUUUCGGUGUUUAACAAGCGGCCAGUCCGAGUGCAGCCACACCCUCUCUGUGCUUCCUGAUAGGAGAUGCAGACUCCUGGCUAACUUUGCCAUUCCAACACAACAGGACCCACUGGAAUUAGAGCGCUGGUGCUUGGUUUUCAUUUUCGCAACUGACACUAACUUUUGGUUUUUUUUUAAGCAAACCCUUUCCCCCCACUAACAUCUGAAUGAUCGGAAGAGAAAAGCUUGUGACAAGAAGGAACAGGAGGUUUAGUGUUAUGGGAUUUUAAUUCUCCCAGAAGUCUGGAUUAGUGACAAAAUAAAACCAGCAAGAAGUGAACAGUGAAGCGAUGCACUGUGUAAAAGGUUACUUUUAAUCCCGCUUCCGUUGAAACCUCCACAAUCAAAGAGAGACAGUGAAGAGGAUUCCCAGCGUGAGAUAAAGUAUCCAAUAACGAAGGACCAUCAUGUACAGAGCCAGGAGUUGGUGGGCUCCCACACAGAGGACAUGCACUUCCAGCUGUGCCGGUGAAAGGAAUUGAAGGGUCCGUCCCCAACACUUGUUUGCAAAGCAUCCCCGCUGGUCCUCCUCGUCCCUUGGAGGAUUUAAAAAAAGGCUCCUUUUAUUUUUUGCUUCUAUUUUAUUUCCCCCCACCCCUUUCUGCCCCAUUGAUGGAACGAUGAUGCGGGCAGAGAGGGACACUGGGCUGAAUCGGAACUGCGCUGGUGGUCACACAAGCGGCAUGCGAGGGGCCGCUCGGCACCAUGGCUAACAGCGGCUCGGCCAAGUCCACGACCAGCAGCGGCAUCAGCCCCCAGCAGAGGAGGCGGCUCGUCUUCAUGUGCGACAUGUGCAAGAACAAGAUGCAACUGGUGGCCGACCUGCUCCUGCUGUCCAGCGACAACCGGCCGGUCAACACGGACAGCCUGUCGCCCGCCUCGGGCGAGUCCUUCGACAAGAGCCGGGACGCCGUGAUCGCCCGCACCAAGGGCCUCUCCAUCCUCACCCACGACGUGCAGAGCCAGCUCAACAUGGGCAAGUACGCCGAGGUGGGCGACAGCCUGGCCGAGAUGUGCGAGCUGGUGGUGGCGCUGAUCGAGUCGUCGGCCCACGCCGCCUACCUGGCGGCGGCCGAGGCGCCCGGCUCGCAGGCGGCCAUCGCCGGCCUGGUGGACCGCUACCGGAUGAGCCGGGCCCGCCACGAAGUGGAGCACAGCUGCAGCCUGCUGCGGACGGCGCCCGUGUCCGAGCUGAGCCCGCAGCUGCUGCUGGAGCUCUCCCGCAACAUCUCCCGAGGCCUCAAGAGCCUGACGGACGCCUGCGUGCUGGCGUCGGAGAGCAGCCGCGACCGCUUCGCCAAGCAGCAGUUCAAGCUCAGCGUCAAGUGCAUGAGCUCCAGCGCCACGGCGCUGCUGGCCUGCGUGCGGGAGCUCAAGUUGCGGCCCUGCGAGGCCACCCGGGCUCGGUGCGUGCUCUUCGGCGGGCCGCUGCUGCAGUCCGUCCACGCCCUGGUGGGCUUCGCCACCGAGCCGCAGUUCCUGGGCAAGGCGGCCUCGGUCAGCCCCGAGGGCCGCGCCGUGCAGACGGCCGUGCUGGGCGGCGCCAUGAGCGUGGUGUCGGCCUGCGUGCUGCUCACCCAGUGCCUCCGCGACAUCGCGCUCCACUCGGACAGCAGCAAGGCGCCCGACUACCGGCAGCGCCUCCAGAACUCCGCCCUGGCCGUGUCGGACGGCUGCAACUUGCUGUCGCAGGCGCUGCGGGACAGGACCUCGCCCAGGACUUUACCGCCACUCAAUUGCCAUUCUGUGAAUUAACUAACCCCCUCCCCUCCCCCGUCCUCAUUAAAACAAAAGACGUUGUUCCCUCCUAAUACCAAAGAAUCCUCGGGCACUGGUGUGUUGUGUGUGUGUGUCUAUGGGGGCGGAGGGGGGAUUCGAACCCCCCCCCCCCCCUGCAGUUCACAGAGACUGAUAGCAGCGCGGAAAGCGGCCGCCCAGCCCAUUUGUGCCUGUGACAGCUCUUUGAAAGAGCUCUCCGGUUCAUCCCACUGCCCUCACCAACAGAAUAUGGACAAACUUUCUAAAUUUAGAGGUUUUAAGUAAUUAGGACAGACAAAACAACGAAUUACAAAAGGCUUAAUCGUGCUGGGUGCGGUUCAAAGUCAGUGUCUUCCGGAUAUCCCAUCAUCAUUAUAAAGACUGAAUGAUAAAUCAUAUCAACUCAAUGGCCAUUAUGGUUUAGAAAGGGUUUUUACCUCAAUUUACAACACACACACACACGCACACACACAUAUUGACAGCGGGAUGGAAUGUAGCUCUGUCGGGUAUGUGUGUUCUGUGGAAUCAAGUGGUAAGCGAGAGCGAAGUGAAUCUGGUGUUAGUGAAAGGGAGUGUGCAGUUGUGAUCGUGAUCUUUUCACGUGUCGAUUCUAAAAGUUGGGAUAAAGCUGCUGUGAGUGUUUUUUUCCAGUUUUACACUAUUUGCCAGACGUGGAAGUCUAUGUCAAGUUUUCUUGCAUGUACUGGAGUAUUUAUUUCAACAUUAAAAUGUUAUGUUUCUCAUGA